AUGAUGCAAAGCUCAGCACUCACUACAGAAGGUUCUGUCAAGGGGCUUCCAGAGAUUCUUGGUGUGCCAAUGCAACAGAUUCCCCAGUGCGCCGGCUGCAACCAGCACAUCCUGGAUAAAUUCAUCCUGAAAGUCCUCGACAGGCACUGGCACAGCUCCUGCCUCAAGUGCGCAGACUGCCAGAUGCAGCUGGCGGACAGGUGCUUCUCCAGAGCCGGGAGUGUCUACUGUAAGGAAGACUUCUUCAAGCGUUUUGGUACGAAAUGCACGGCCUGUCAGCAAGGAAUCCCCCCUACCCAGGUGGUCCGGAAAGCCCAGGACUUUGUCUAUCACCUGCACUGCUUUGCCUGUAUCAUCUGCAACCGCCAGCUGGCCACAGGCGAUGAGUUCUACCUCAUGGAAGAUGGGCGCCUGGUGUGCAAGGAGGACUAUGAGACAGCCAAGCAGAAUGAUGAUUCAGAAGCUGGAGCCAAGAGGCCACGAACCACCAUCACAGCCAAACAGUUGGAAACGUUAAAAAAUGCCUAUAAAAACUCCCCCAAACCCGCCAGGCACGUGCGGGAGCAGCUGUCCUCGGAAACGGGGCUGGACAUGAGGGUGGUGCAGGUCUGGUUUCAAAACAGGCGGGCCAAAGAAAAACGGCUGAAGAAGGAUGCUGGGCGGCACCGCUGGGGCCAGUUCUACAAGAGCGUGAAGAGGACCCGUGGGGGCAGCAAGCACGAGAAGGAGAGCUCUGCGGAGGACUGUGGGGUUAGUGACAGUGAGCUGAGCUUCCGAGAAGAUCAGAUCCUCUCUGAGCUUGGCCACUCCAAUAGAAUUUACGGAAAUGUUGGGGAUGUUGCUAGUGGACAGUUAAUGAACGGAAGCUUCUCCAUGGAUGGGACAGGACAAUCUUACCAGGACUUGAGGGAUGGAAGCCCCUAUGGAAUUCCUCAGUCUCCAUCUUCCAUAUCGUCCCUUCCUGCCCAUACUCCAUUGCUCAAUGGUCUGGAUUACACAAUGGACACUAAUUUGGGAAUUAUAGCACAUGGAGGGCAGGGGGUGAGCCAGACACUCAGAGCAAUGGCUGGGGGACCAACCUCCGAUAUUUCUACAGGAAGCAGUGUUGGCUAUCCAGACUUUCCAACAAGUCCUGCCUCUUGGCUUGAUGAAAUGGAUCAUCCUCCUUUUUAAGCAUCUCCUGCUCCCCACCCUGUCCCCCUCGUUCUUUUGGCCUGAAAGUGUGCUCAAACUAGCAAAAGAGACAACAAGCAAUCUUCAAGCAUCCCAGACAUACCACACCAGAAAAUCUCCAUUAUUUUCAAUGGGAAUCCACCACUGGUUCCUGGAGGGUUGUGAGAUGAUAGCGUGGUGUUUUUUCCCUUUUUCACUUGGGGAGUGGGUGGGCAGGAGACAGCCUUCUGAAUACAGCACACUGGCAUACAGUAUCUGAUUCUAGGUUUUCAGGCUCAUAGUAAAAUACAAACUCA